AGCCCCCAACUCCCCAAAUCUUGGGGCUCCCCCCACCCCAACCUCCCACGGGAACCCCUGGGAAUGGGGGUGGGGGGAUCCUGGGAAUUUCGGGGUGUGCUUCAACCCAUCCUCCCCCAAACUUGGGGUCUCUACCCCCCAAAUUUGGGCUCGUUCCCCCCCCCAGCUGGACCCUCUGGAUCGCCGUGAGACCCCCAAGCGGCGCCCCCACGGCGCCGCGCUCUUCGCCGUCCUCUCCAUCCUCUUCCUCCUCACCUUCCUCCUCCUCCUCCACCCGCGCCUCCGCCGCCGCGCCGACGUCACCUGCGGCGACUCCUGCAGGAUCGUGCUGGUGGAGAGCAUCCCCGAGGGCAUGGCCGUGGGCGCGGCGCCCGGCCCGUCCACCUUCGAGGCGUGGCUGGAGCUGCUGGCCGGAGCCACCCGCAGCGUGGACAUCGCCUCCUUCUACUGGACACUGACCAACGGCGACACGCGCACGCACGAGCCCAGCGCCGCGCAG